AUUACCUAAACCUAUAGAAAAUCAAAAUGUACUGUUACAGUUUCAUUUUACUGUAUUUUCAUAAGCUAUGGGCUACUGCACAGGCACAUGCUGUAGGCCUACACUAAUAAACGAAUCAGAGUGACGGCUACAGUAGCUUGCUGAACUUAAGACCUAAACCACACAACAGUCCUUUGUCGGUUCCUUGUAUUGUGGCACAGUUAAACUACAACUGCAGGGAUUAAAUGGAAGCACAUGAUGAUUCAACCCCGUGAUUUCUCAGCGAGUUGGGUCGUGUACCCAAUCGUUUCCUCUCUCUUUCUUGCCUUUUUCUUCUUUCUCCUGACACCGUAGCCCACUUCUUUCUCUCUUUCCCUCUCUCUUUCUCUCUCUCUAUAUCUCUGCCCGGUCCAUGGCAUGGCAUCCCCGCGGCUGGAGACGUUCUGCUGCCCAAACCGAGACGCAACGACAGAGUUCGUGGUCACCUUCCAGCCCGUCCUGUUCGGGGCGUUGAGUCUGGGGAGCGCGGUUGUGAGCCUCAUUUUCGCUAUUUUACAGAUUCUGCCAAAACGCAAGGGAUACAGGAGACUCGGACAGUAUCCGCUGCCAAGGCCCGCGUCCUCCUCCCGGAUAUUGUUCAUCGUCAGUAUAUGUGACAUACUGGGAUGCACAGGUAUCAUUGUAAGGUCAUCUGUGUGGUUGGGCCUGCCAAAUGUCAUUGACCGCAUCUCAUUGACCAACAGCACUGAUGUCUGGCCAGAGGUCUUCUGCGUUGGCAGUGCGAUGUGGAUCCAGUUGUUUUUCAGCGCCUCUUUUUGGUGGACUUUUUGUUACGCUGUUGACGUCUUCUUGGUGGUGAAAACAUCUGCGGGGAUCAGCACCAUUAUCCUCUACCACAUGAUUACAUGGGGUCUGGCUGUGCUGCUAUGUGUUGAAGGAGUGGCCAUGCUCUAUUACCCAUCCAUUUCUGAUUGUGAGCAAGGCCUCCAGCACGCUAUCCCUCACUAUGUCACCACAUACGCACCGAUGCUGCUCGUCCUCAUAGCCAAUCCAGUCUUCUUUAAUCGCACCAUAUCUGCAGUGACAUCUUUACUAAAAGCACGACAAGGAAUCUACACAGAAAAUGAGAGACGGCUGGCCAAUGACAUAAAAAUACGCUUCUUUAAAAUAGUGCUGGUGUUCUUUGUUUGUUGGGUUCCCAACAUCAUCAAUGAGGUCCUCCUCUUCUACCUGGAGAUGCAGACAGACAUAAACGAUGACAGCUUCAGGAAUAUCAGAAACGCAGCCCUGAUCACAUGGUUUAUCAUGGGUAUCCUGAACCCCAUGCAAGCUUUCCUCAACACCCUGGCCUUUCACGGCUGGACAGGCUUCGAUGUAGACCUCCGGCGGCAGCCGAGGAGGGAGCUGGCCUGGGACUCAGUUUCUACUUCAGUGCCUAACGCACCAACUCAUAAUCCCAUGGUGGGAAGUACUCUGCUCUACCAGAGUCAUGUCCAGGAAGCCAAGAAGAACAUGAUGAGCAACGGACAGCACCACUCCGAUGCCAUCAGUGUCCUCUCUGAAGGUUCAGAGUCUAGUACAAUUGAAAUCCACAUUUCCAGCGAGCUUCGAGACUAUGAGGAUGUAGAUGCUGAUGGCGAAUCCUUGGAGAACUCUGUGAGGCACUAGCUGGGGUGAUCAACAACCCUCCUCCCUCUACUUUUCCUGUGUGACAUUGUUUUUUGUAGUUAAUAUUGUUUUAGAUAGUCUUCUCUUAGCCUCUAUUGUCCAGUUGAGACUUUCCCAGAUAUUAACUGGUCAUGAGAUUUCAUUAGUUGGUACGACGGAAUAAGUCUAAUUCCUGAAUCCAAGCCUUUUUAUUUCCUAAGCUUUUUAAAUCUGUCUGCAGUGCAGAGAAGUGUUGAAAUACAGAACCAUCAACUGUACAGCGGCUGUACAGUCCCAGAGCUACAGCACUGUCUCUUGUAGCACUCAGUCCAAGGAACAAACAAGACAUGUUCAUAUUAAAAACUCACAAGCUGCCCUUCAAAAGUGCCUGGUGGAAAAAUCUCUCCUGGCAAACUCACUGAAUUAGAUGCACAUUGGUUUUGUGAUAAGCACUCUUGUCAAUAAGCCCCCAAAGCACAACAGAAUGUAAUAAGCUAAUUAGUGGUUGUUUUUUUUUUUUUUUAAACAAAGUUACUGUAUUUCCAGCUGUCCAUCUUGUAUUUUUGCACACAUCUAUUUUGUACUAUAUUAAAUAUCCAAAAUAUUUGUUA